AUGGCCAUACCAUCACCAACCUUGAGCACCUGGCAGGAUGACCUUUCCCCGUUGGCUCCCAGCUUGAGAUCACCCGUCUACUCCUUGACAUCUCCGGUCCAUAGCAUCCUCUCCCCUCCCCGAGUCCUGGCCACCCCCGACUGGGCUAGACGAACAGUUCCCAACGCAGCACCCUUCCAUCACGCGCUCGGAGCCCACUACGCCAACAGUUUGGAGGGAUGGGCCUACUCGAGGCCUCCACUUGCAUCCCCACCUCGUCCACUUCCCCAUAUCAAGAGUCUCCCUCGCUUCACACCACCCAUGCGCCAUGCUCGUAUCGGUGGGAUCUACUCGGAACAUCCUCGCUUCGACGACCGUGUCCACCACUUUACACGCCAAGUCUACGACGUCAGCGACAACGUCCAGUCCAUUCACAUCCAGUCCCGGAUCGACUACCAGUUUUCCGAAGCCGCCGGGCGCGUCCUCGACGAUGUGUACGAGUACGGCAAGGUGCGCACGGAAGAAAGCAUUCUCGAGGCCGAGCGCGAGUUUACCACGCGGCUCCAGUCGCACUCCAAGCAUGUGGUGGACGGCGGGAUGAACGAGCACGCCCAGAGGCUCAGCCAAAGGCGCGAAGCGAUGUUCAGCAGUGACCUGGCGUUGAUCUCCUCCUCUCUUGACAGGGCCACCAGGGAGGUUCGCGCGUGCGAGCGUCGGAUCCAGAUUGGCCGCGAGACCCUCGAGGUCGAGUACAACCGCAGCCACGACCGCCGGCCGUCCCCACCUCUCUACCAGAUCCUCACCAGCCGCAUCAAUGGGCUGUACGACAUCUUCCGCCGCAUCGAGGAUAUUGGUCCCCGCCACAACGACGACCACGCUGCUCCCCACAUCCCGUCACCGGUAGCCCCUGCUGGCCAAGCGUACCCGACCAGCCACCGUCUUCCCAGACUCAGUGAUCUCACUGGGUCAAGCAAGUGUACACUUCCCAUUCCUCUCCCCUCGUACAGUGUUAUUCCCGCCGCCCGCGCAAACGAUAUCCCUUACACUGCACUCGGGUACUGGCAGCCGGCUCUCACCCCGCCUCUCGGCAAGGUGCUUCCUGCUCCCGAACGAGCAUGGCACCCGGCGCCUGUUGAGCCCGGUGCCGCAAUGCCCCAGUCUCAUGAGGACCAUGAUGCCCGCGGUCGCGCGACGAGGGUCGGUGGUCGCCCCAACCCUGCCACAAUCGCCGUUGCCGUCUCUGCUCGGCUUCAAUUCAACUCUCCAUACCAGCAGCCCAAACCCGAGCGGACUCCUCUCCAGCCAGGCUUCACCAAAGACGUCAUUCUCGAGCGCCGGCCCUACGAGCAGCACCAGCGCGACUUUACGCUUGCGCCGGCGCCAGUCAACCCGCGCUGGCGCAGCACGACCAACACGCCGCAGCGCCGUCCUCGCCGUCUCUCGGAUGGGACGUGUGCAUCUGAGGAGCCUGGCGAGCGGACGGUGCAGUUCAACAGUGGCGCUUUCCCGACCAGGCAGCUGUACUUUCCUAUGCUCGAUGAGGACGAUGAGGCGCCCGUGCAGGGAAACGGCGAGGCCAUGAGGCACAUCAUUGACGCCAGCCGCCGGCGUGACCAGUUGGACGGAUACGUGGGCGCGGUGGGGGUCAACGUCCUCCCAUCGCCCUCUCGAUCACCGUCCGCACCGAGCAGUAUUGGCAGCCGUCGCCAGUCUGUGUCGCUGCAGCGUCACGACGGCCGCCUGGGACCAUACUCUCAUCCUCCUCUGGCGAUGACGUCCUUGAACUCGGACGACGAGCAGUCACCCAAGCUCAAGCGUGCGCGGGACGAAUCCGUCGAGAUCGAUGGACUGGUCCCUGCUCUCCCGCCCAAGAAGGUGGCCAAGGCCACCAGGGCUUGGCAGAGGCACCCAAGGAGGUCCAGCUCGCCGUUAGCGCUUGUCAAGGUCGAGACACCCGACACGCCGUAG